AUGUUUCAUUCAUUAAAACGUUUAUCCUCUUCUAUCAAUCGAUAUUCUUUAAGGAGCCAUAAUUGUGGAGAAUUACGUUUAAAAGAUGAAGGAAAAAUUGUUUCACUUUAUGGAUGGGUUGCAUAUAAAAGAAUGGAUAAAUUUGUUGUUUUAAAAGAUGCAUAUGGAAUGACUCAAUUACAAAUUGAUGAUGAAAAUAAAGAGUUAAAAGAGAUUGUAAAAAAUAUUACUUUAGAAUCAUGUCUUUCUGUCGUAGGAAUUGUAAAAGAUCGAAAAAAUGAAAGAAAUAAAUCAAUGGAUACUGGUGAAAUUGAGGUAUCUGUUCAAAAUUUGGACAUACUAAAUUGUGCUCCUAAAAUUUUACCUAUAAAUUUAAAAAAUAAUAAUCAAGAUCUAACAAAAUGGAGAUAUCGUUACUUAGAUAUACGAUCUCAAUAUAUGCAAAACAAUCUUCGAUUACGAAGUUCAGUUACAAAUAAAGUUCGAAGAUUUUUGACAGAAGAGGCAGCAUUUGUUGAAAUUGAAACACCAACAUUAUUUCGAAAAACACCAGGUGGCGCAAAAGAAUUUGUUGUACCAGCAGGAGGUUUAAAUAAAGGAAAAUUUUAUUCUCUUCCACAAAGUCCACAACAAUUUAAACAAUUAUUAAUGGUUGGAAGUAUUGAUAAAUAUUUUCAAAUAGCACGAUGCUAUAGAGAUGAAGGCGCUAAAUUAGAUAGACAACCUGAAUUCACACAAAUCGAUAUUGAAUUAUCAUAUACAAAUCAAGAGAUGAUCAUGGAAUUAAUUGAAGAUAUGAUAAUUUCAUCAUGGCCAGAAAGUAUGGAGGAAUUAAAACCUAAAAAAAAUUUUAAACAGUUUUCAUAUGAUUAUGUAAUGGAAAAAUACGGAAGUGAUAAGCCUGAUUUACGUAUUCCAUGGAUUAUAAAUGACAUAAGUUGUUUACUAAAAGAUAUUUUUAAAUUUAAUUUUGUACAAUGUUUUGUUGCUCGUAACUGUUUCUCCCAUAUAUCAACAUCAGAAAAAAAGAAAUGGAAGAAGAUUAUGGAAAAUAAUGAGAAUUGUCAAAAUUUUGAACUUUUUAAAAUGACAAAGAGUUCAUGGAUCAGGGAAGGAAUAAAAGAAAAACUUGUUAAUAAAUUUGACAUAAAAGAUGAUGAUAUACUUGUUGUUAGUUGGGGUAACAGUGAAAAUUCCGUAAAAUGGACAUUAGGACAAUUAAGAAAUUACAUGGGUGAAGCAGCUGGUUUAAGAAAAGGUGGAAAAUUUGAGAUAUGUUGGAUUGUUGAUUUUCCACUUUUUAUAAAGGAAGAAGGCAAGUAUUUGUCAUGUCAUCAUCCAUUUACAGCUCCUAAAGAAAAGGAUCUUGAAAAGUUGGAAAAUAUGGAAGAUUUGUUAUCAAUAAAAGCAUUACAUUAUGAUUUAGUUAUUAAUGGAGUAGAAGUUGGUGGUGGUAGCAUUCGAAUUCAUGAUGGGUCACUUCAAAAACAUGUUUUUGAAAAUAUAUUAAAAGAACCAUCUGAUGAAAUGAAAUAUUUUGUUGAGGCAUUGGAAUGUGGUGCACCACCACAUGGUGGAUUUGCAUUAGGAUUGGAUCGUUAUAUUACUUUACUCGUUGGUAAAGGAGAUUCAAAUGUUUCAAUAAAAGAUGUCAUUGCUUUUCCAAAAAGUAAAGGUGGAAGAUGUAGUAUGACUGAUUCACCUGUAGAAUUAGAUGAUAACAUAUUAAAGGAUUACGGAAUAACGAUUGUAAAGGACAAUUAA